CCAUUGAGUCAUCGUCACAAUUACACAAAGCUUCUUCACUUUCCCUUUCUUCCUUCUCCCUCCAUUUUUCAGUCCUCAGAGAAGCUUCCUAACCGGAGAUGCACGCCAAAACCGACUCCGAGGUGACGAGCCUCGCGGCGUCGUCACCAGCCAGAUCUCCUCGUCGACCAGUCUACUACGUCCAAUCGCCGUCGCGCGACUCUCACGACGGAGAAAAAACGGCGACAUCGUUUCACUCAACUCCGGUACUGAGUCCGAUGGGAUCUCCGCCGCAUUCUCAAUCCUCCAUGGGCCGUCACUCGCGAGAAUCCUCCUCCAGCAGAUUCUCCGGGUCCCUGAAGCCUGGGUCUCGGAAAGUCAACCCUAACGACGGUUCGAAGCGGAAAGGACACGGAGGAGAGAAGCAGUGGAAAGAGUGUGCGGUUAUUGAAGAAGAAGGUUUGUUAGAUGACGGCGAGAGAGACGGUGGUGUUCCUCGCCGAUGCUAUGUAUUGGCCUUCAUCGUUGGAUUCUUCGUUCUCUUUGGUUUCUUCUCUCUUAUUCUCUACGGUGCUGCGAAACCUCAGAAACCGAAAAUCACAGUGAAGAGUAUAACAUUCGAGACACUCAAGGUCCAAGCUGGUCAAGAUGCUGGUGGAGUAGGAACCGAUAUGAUCACCAUGAACGCGACUCUGAGAAUGUUGUAUCGAAACACCGGAACUUUCUUUGGCGUCCAUGUAACUUCAACUCCGAUCGAUCUCAGUUUUUCUCAGAUCAAAAUCGGCUCCGGAUCCAUUAAGAAAUUUUAUCAGUCAAGGAAGAGCCAAAGAACGGUAUUGGUACAUGUGAUCGGAGAAAAGAUUCCAUUAUACGGAAGUGGAUCGUCUUUGAUUCCGCCGCCGCCACCAGCUCCACUUCCGAAACCAAAGAAGAAGAAACGAGGAGCUCCGGUCGUGAUUCCUCUGCCGCCGGCACCUCCUGCGCCGGUGCCAUUGAGGCUAAGCUUCGUCGUCCGGUCACGAGCUUACGUGUUGGGGAAGUUAGUGCAGCCAAAGUUCCUUAAGAAAAUCGAGUGUGACAUCAACUUCGAACACAAGAAUCUCAAUAAGCAUAUAGCUAUCACCCAGAAUUGCACCGUCACUACUGUCUGAAGAACGGCGGAAAAAAAACACGUUUAGUGAAGCGAAAACGGUGUCGUGUAGAGUAACGUGAUUUUACAGCUAAACGGGCAGCAUUUUGGGUUGUCGGGGCAGCGCGUGGUGGGUGCCCGAAAGAGAGAACCAUCGUCGGUGGCUUUAAUUUACUUGAGUGGUUAUAUUGUUUAUUGGAGAAAAUAUAUAAUGUUACAAUUAUGUGUAUCGUCUCUACCACUGAACACGAAUCACAUUUUAUUUAUUUGUUUUUUUCUUUUUUU